CUUGAGGGGGGGCGGGGCAAAUUCACCUAUGACCCAGAUCACGUGACACAUACAAGUUUUUUUGUUUUUUUAAAUUUAUUUAUUUAUUUUUUCUCUCAUUACGUUUAGCUUUUAACACCAAUUCAAAAAUUAAAUGAAUCGAAUCUAAAAUGGAUUGGGAUUGAUAUAUUACGUUUUGCGAUUAAAUAUUGCUGUGUUUUGACGCCAAGAGUUGAAAGUUCAUAGGUCAGUGAUGGCUGCUAAGAUGGCGGCUUCCAUGGUGGAGCAGGGGGAGGAUGCGUUUAGAAAACUGUUUAAGUUUUAUAAACGGAGGAAUCCGCCUCCGGAUUUUAGUGAAGUCAUUGAUUUUUCGAAGAAACUGGGAAAUGAAACGGUUUACGCAGCCGAAUUGAACCAUGGGAGUGUCAGCGAUGAGGCUGCUUUCAGGGCAGGACUUCAGCCUGUUAAAGAGUGGAGAGCGUUUGGUCUUCAGGGAUAUCCAGGGUUUAUAUUCAUCUCCAAUCCCUUCCUGCCUGGCUCACAGCGCUACUGGGUAAAACAGUGUCUGAAAACGUACACACAGAAACCCAACAUGUGUAACCUGGACAUGCACAUGUCACCUGCUGAGACGGAGAACAUCUGGGAGAAGAGCGUCGGCAGCAUUAGGAAGAAAGGGCAGAGGGAGCCGAGGACUCUGCUGGAGAAACUCCGCUGGGUGACUCUGGGUUACCAUUACAACUGGGAUACGAAGAACUAUUCUCCUGAUCACUGCACUCCUUUCCCUGAGGACCUCCACUCUCUGUCCUACAAAAUAGCAGCGGCUUGCGGUUUUCCCAACUUUAAAGCGGAGGCGGGAAUCCUGAACUACUAUCGCUCCGAUUCCUCUCUCGGCAUCCACGUGGACGAAUCGGAGCUCGAUCAUACGCCGCCUCUUGUGUCUUUUAGCUUCGGGCAGACGGCGGUCUUCCUGCUGGGCGGGACUAAACGGCAGGACGCACCCACCGCCAUGUUCAUGCGCAGCGGUGACAUCAUGGUGAUGUCGGGUUCCAGUCGCUUGCUGUACCACGCUGUACCCUGCAUCGUUCCUGCCCCCGCUGGCCACCCCCUGCCCUCUUGCCUGGACCAGCGCGUCGGCAAGGACGAGCCGGACGACGACGACGACGUCCAGACCGUGUGCGAAAAAGACUGGGAGGUGUGUUCUGCUUACCUUAAGACGUCACGCAUAAACAUGACGGUCAGACAGGUCCUAGGUCCGGGUCAGACCUUCCCCGUCACACACUCGCACGCCGUUCCAGCAACAGAAGGAUCCGCAAGCGGCUAUGAAGAAGAGACUCAGACGGCGAAGAAGAGGAAAAGUGAGUCAGGAUAUGACCUAGAUUGAUUGAUCUCCGUUUUGGACUUUAUGGGGUGUUUUUAUGCGAUUUAUAAUUUUACCUUUAAAAGCUGUACAUAUGUGAAUAAAACAUAUAUAUUCCCAUCAUUCCAGUGUGUGAAAGUGUGUCAAAUAUAAUCUUCCCAAACGAAGCUGGUUGAACUUCAUGGCGUCGUGGCAGCCGAGGGUGGGCGAUAUGACAGAAAUAUCGUAUCGCGACGCUCCUGAUACGAUAUCGUGAACGUUUCUGUAAGGAGGCAUUCAUUUCACGUUUAAGGAAGGAGUCUCCAGUGUCGACGCUUUGUAACCGUCGGUAAGUUUUCCGACCUGGGACGGGACGACGGUUUAACACGAGCGACGGACAUCUGACGAUAUUAAAUGCAACUUUAAAAGGACAAAAAUGUACACGUUCGUUUAAUCACUCGCAAAUGGUUGCCAGGUAAGACAUAAAACGCGUCGCGAUGCGCUGUCGUAGGAAAAUAAUCGAUCAUUUAAAGUGUUUACCAUAAAAUCCGAGGUCUUGUAAUUAAUCUAAUAAAAUAAAUGAUGACGUCCUCAUGAACAAAUACGUCCACGUUCUUCUGGGUGAAUUAUCCAAGGAACCCUUUGAUCUAACAGUGUACUUUAUUUAUUAAAUACUUUUUAACUAAAGUGCUCCUGGAGGGUCUCUGGGUAACCUUGAGAAACGUCUGCUCACACCACUCAGCCCGGUAGUGGAACCUCCAUCUCAAAGUAGCCGGAAAGACCAUUUUAAAAUUACACACUGUCAGGAUGAUGUAUGGAGUCGUAUCUUCCUUUUGCUGCCUCUGUGUUUCUGCGCUGUUGCUUCAUUACUGUGUCACUGCACAUCAUGAGCAGGAAUGAUGGAGGUUCUUUCUACGCUUUGUCCUAAAUUAGCUCUGCGUCUCUAGUGUAUGACCACACGAUAUUCCGAACGGAAUUUACACUGGGGAAUUCAGCAGAUUUGGGAUUGCAUGGGAAAAGUUUAACACUAUGUUAAUGUGUCUCGGUAUCAACACGCUUCUUCCACAAUCACUUUUUUUAAACGUCUUGUAGUCUAGAUCCAGAGACCCCUAAUGCCUGCUGAUGUAUCGGCAAUUGUUAGUCUUUUUUUCAUUAUCUGACAUCCUAAACACGUCCCAAACCGUUAUACUGCCAUGCCGUACUGGGGUCAUGUCCCAAACCGCUGUACUGCCAUGCCAUACUGGGGUAACGUCAGAAACCGCUAUACUGCUAUGCCAUAAUGGGGUCACGUCCCAAACCGCUAUACUGCCAUGGGGUAACGUCAGAAACCGCUAUACUGCUAUGCCAUAAUGGGGUCACGUCCCAAACUGCUAUACUGCUAUGCCAUAAUGGGGUCACGUCCCAAACCAUUAUACUGCCAUGCCGUACUGGGGUCACAUCCCAAACCGUUAUACUGCUAUGCCAUAAUGGGGUAGCAUCCCAAACCGCUAUACUG